CGUCUUAGGUGACAGUAUGAUUGUAAGCAGUGUUCAAAAUGGUUGAUGAUCCGCAUGAUUGUGGGCAUUUUGUAUUCAUUUAAGAGUUAGCUCAGACAAAAUGACUGCGAUUGUACAAGAAGAUAACGAGUUAAAGAGGUUACUUGGUAACCCUGCAAAAAAUGCUGGGGAGGAUAACUUGAUGGGUCCACCGCAAACGACUAAUGUUCCGCGACCAAGUACAUCACAAAAUUUGAACCCCCAAUCACUGAUAAAUCCAAUGACUCCAGCUAAUAGUACAAAAGAAGUGAUAGAACCAUGUUUACAAAAUGUAGUUUCUACAGUCAAUUUAGGCAUACAAUUACCACUUAUGUAUAUAAAUACAAGGACGAGAAAUUCUGAAUAUAAUCCAGCAAGAUUUACGGGUUUGGUCAUGAGAAUUAGAAAUCCUAGAGCUACUGCAUUGAUUUUUCAUUCAGGGAAAUUAGUGUGUACAGGAGCUAGAUGUGAAGAGGACUCUUUUCUAGCGACAAGGAAAUUCGCAAGAAUAAUUCAAAAGCUAGGUUUUACAGUCAAGUUUUAUAAUUUUAAAAUACAAAAUAUAGUUGCUACAUGUGAUUUAAAAUUUCCGAUUAAACUAGAAAAUUUAAAUCAUAUACAUGGUCAAUUUUCUAGUUAUGAACCUGAGCUUUAUCCAGGUCUUAUAUAUAGAAUGGUAUCACCAAGAGUGGUAUUGCUUAUAUUUGUAAAUGGUAAAAUUGUAUUAACAGGAGCAAAGAAUCGAGCUGAACUGCAGGAUGCACUAAACAAUAUAUACCCAAUACUGAAAAGUUUUAGGAAGCAAUAAUAGAAUUUUCAAUAUUUUGAGCUGCUUUUUACUUUAAUAUACGAUUUGUAUGAGGACAAUCCAAAUUUACUAUACAUUAACUGAUUUAAUUUAAUUACAUCAAAUUGAUGUAACUUAUUAACUUAUUUAUUAGUAGUGAAUUUUAUUGCAGUGAUGCUUCAUAUUUGCAGUUAUUGAAGAAAUUUUAAUGGAUUUCGUGCAGUAAAUUAAUUGUGUAACUUAUAUAAAAACUGUACAAAUGAUAUAGCAUAUAAAAAUAUAAUAUGCUAAAUCAACGCUCUUGACAUAGUUUACAUAUUUUGUAUGUAUAGAAAUAAAUGCAAUACAUCACUUUAAAAUACGUA